AUGGGCACUAAAACGGGAUCGCUGGUUGCAGCUCUGCUACUACCGCUGCUGGUUGGCUUAGGAAAUGCUUCACCCGAUCUGGGGCUGGACAUAAGCAUCCAGUUCGUCACCAGCGACAACCCUAACAUUCAGCAAGCCGCCAAUGUAGUCAACUCGGUUUCCUCCGAUUUGAAUGGAGCGAUUGGAGGCUUUCAAAUCCCACAGAACGCGGGUAGUACAAACUUGACCACAGCCGCCACAGCGCUUGUAUCGCUAGUGACCAGCAUCACUGGCACGGUCAACAAUGUCCUGCGCAACAUCUCCACCAUCGCAAGCCAGAAACAAACAGCUCCAUCGUGCAUGUUCGCCAGCCUGAACGCUACCAUCGAUAAGGCAUUUGCGUUUAUCGACGGAGCCUCCACGCUGGUUUCGCAAAUCAAUGCGUCGACCUCCGCUAACACUGGGGCAACGCUGUCCGCCACGGUUAGCUUGAUUCAGCAGGCUCUGCAACAGAUUACCGCCCAGCUGGAUCCACUGUACACCGGAGUGGCCACAAUUGUACAGAGCGGCACAGUUUCAGCCAGCUCCGUGUCGGCCAACAUCUCCCCGGCCGUAACAAUCCAACUUUCUGGUGCGAUCUCGGUCAUGACGACGGCUGAGGGAGCCCUGAACACGGUGGUUCGCGCUAUUCGGACGAGCUUCGAACAGGCUAGCAGCGUUCUUAACAGCUAUACCAACGACCUGCAAAAUGCUGUCACGUCGGUCAACAACACCGAGAGCGACUACUACAACCAAGUCGUCAGUCGCAUCAACUCGUUCAAGGGCAAAGUGACUUCCGACUCCAGCGGAGGCGUGUCGGACAUCAGUGGAACCCAAUCGAAGAUGUCCCAAUUCAUCCAGGACACGGUGACGCGCACCACCGCUCAGUCGUUGUUAACCAGCAUCACUUCGUUGACAACCUCAGUACAAACCUUGUACGAUGGGUACUCUAAAGCCGCCGAAAACCAGCUUACCUUGGCUUACACCGCGGUCGUAGCGUUCGUGCAAAAGAACGUAAAUGCGCUGGUUACGGUAUUCGAUACAUCUGCCAACGCGCUCGCGUCCACUAUGUCGUCGGCUGGCACUUAUGCGAGUAACUGUAACAGCCGCUACGGUGGGACGAUCCUUAACCUGGAUAACAAUAUGAAAGACCAGCUGAACCGUUGCAUCAACGAUUACGCCAACACGGGCUACACGGACUCGUUCGUCAGCGAUUACAACCAAGUGAUCCGUGAGCAGACCCGUACCCUUGCCACACGGAUCACUUUCUGCCUCAAUCUCGGCUCCAGCACAUCCAACAACAUUAUCAAGGCCGGCAUUUCCGCAUGUUUCAGCGAGACUGUCAACAUGAUCAAUGUCAUCCUGGUUGAUAUGACGAAUCAGAUAGCGCUCGUUAAAGCGUUUAUCAGUCUGGAGGGUCUGGCGAUGGUGCAGCGCGUGGAAGUCUGCUCCGCCACCCUGAAUUCUGGUUUGACCGCCGAGUCCAAGACACUCAACGAUCUGUUGACAACAUGCCAAACGACGAACCAGUAA